GCUGCUAGUUUGUCGUUGUUCCAGUUAUUAACAGUAACGUAAAACUGGCCAACACCGAAACUCAAUAAGAUCAAUGGCUGUCUUGUUUUAUCCCUCUAUUAAGAUCUUUUCAUGUUAUAUGAGAUUGCCACGGCAGAUACUCACACCGCACACUGUGAGGAGGGCAUCCUCAGUCCCUGCAGGGAUGGUGAGCUUUGUCCCGGCCUGCAGCACCGCUGAUGCCCACACCCUGGAGCUGCUGCAGGACUUUGUGUCCCGAGCCAGACGCCUGUUUGUGAUCACCGGAGCCGGACUGUCCACCGAGUCAGGGAUCCCUGAUUACCGCUCUGAGGGUGUGGGCCUCUAUGCUCGGACUGACAGAAGACCCAUGCAGUAUUCAGAGUUUGUCCGCAGCGCAAAGGCCCGUCAACGCUACUGGGCCAGAAACUUUGUCGGGUGGCCACAGUUCUCUUCUCAUAAGCCAAAUUCUGCACACAGGGCCCUUAAACAGUGGGAGGAGAGAGGCAAGCUGCACUGGCUGGUGACACAGAAUGUGGAUUCUCUUCAUUCAAAGGCCGGCCAUAAAAGACUGACUGAGCUCCAUGGCUGUGCUCACAGGGUGAUGUGUCUUGGCUGUAGGGCAGUCUCAGGGAGGGAGGAGUUGCAGGCAAGAUUCUUGGCAUUAAACCCAGAAUGGAGGGUGCAGACGAGCGGUGUGGCUCCGGACGGUGAUGUUUUCAUAGAGGACGAGCAGGUCCUCCAUUUCAGAGUUCCCUCCUGUGAGGCAUGUGGAGGGAUACUGAAGCCAGAGGUCACCUUUUUUGGAGACACUGUGAGCAAAACGACUGUACAGCUAGUGCACGACAGGCUGGCGGAGUCGGAUGCGGUGCUCGUCGCAGGGUCAUCGUUACAGGUAUACUCAGGAUACAGGUUUUUACUGGCAGCGGGUGAUCGGAAAAUGUCAGUCGCCAUCUUGAACAUCGGGCCAACGAGGGCAGAUCACCUGGCCGAGCUGAAAGUGAGCGGCCGCUGUGGUGAAGUGCUGUCAGCUAUUCACUCUCUCUGACUUUCAUGGACAUGCAGUUUGGAUGUUCUAUGUUAAAAUGGCAAGGGACUACUUUUCAACCCCCCCGCAACUACAUUGUCUGUUGCCACUUUCAUCUGGUCAGAACUACCUCAGACUUAGACAAGUCAACAAAAAAAUUUAGUUCAUAAACGGUUUUGAAUGUUUCUUUUGUGUAUCACAAAUGAGAUAGAGGAUUUUAAAGUUCUCCACCAAAUUUUUUUUUUUAAAUUGCUGCUAUUAUCAAAGUAAGGUAAAACCUGAAACAUCUAAUGACCUGUUUUAUGCAAUUAACAAGUUAAAAGAAAGUCUGCUUGUCUUAAAGAUUCAAUUUCUCUGCACAUAUCAGAUUGCUGACAGGGGAUCAAUCUCAUUAGCCCUUUCUCAUUUCUCAGUUUUCCCCUCCUCGACUCCUCCACUCCUCGCCUCGCAUCUAAGUCCCGCCCUUAGGAGAUGCAAGCGGAGGAGUCGUGGAGGGGAACCCGCGGAGAGAGGAAUGGAAACAACAGUCAUUUAGAGAAAUGAGAAAUCCUCUCCUCUGAGCGGUCAUUCUAAAUCAACGUCCAUUAAUGAUGACAGGAAGCACAGCAGCACUGUGUUCAUCACAAUUUAUAUAUUUACUUUUAAUUCAUUUACAAUGUGGUAGAAGGAGACAAUAACAGGCUACAGAUGCGGACAGCUGCUGGGUUGAUUUGACUGAGGGGGAAAUAUUUUUCAUAACAUGAAAUGAACGGAUUUAACCGGAGUGAAUACUUUCUUAAAUUUAAAACUUAAGGAUACAUUUACAUAUCUGAUCAUAAAAUGGAAUAGUGUUGAUAAAAAGCCAUCACAGAAAGUCACUCCAAAAUAACAUGACAUUCUGAUGUACAGUUUCAAAAUGAAAUCUCAUAUAUGAGCCAUCGUCCUUCUGUUUGCUGUCCUCACUGUAAACAUCGUGUCAUGAUUAAAGCAGUUGUAUGAACAAGUACCCUAAUACCCAGGGAGGAUAUGAUUAGUGAAUAACAAACGGUGAAGGGCAGAAAGUUUGAUGCGCAUUUGAUCCUCUUAAACAACUUGUAAUCACAAUGGAACAGUUAGCAGCUCCUGUCAUUGGUUCAGAUAAGUCCAGCGUGCGUCACCCCUCUUUUAAACAUCACUAUAGCCGGAAACACAAUCCCCGGAGGAUACAUCUGUGUAUCCUCAGUUAUAUCUCCUCCAGAGAGCCUCCUCGAUGCUCGAUCCUCGAUGUGCAUUUAAUGAAAUUAGCUGUCCUUCAACAUGGCGCACUGAAAUCGAUUUCCGGGUCACUACCGGAGGACCGAGUAGUCGAGGAGGCAAAAUUUGAGAAAUGAGAAAGGGCUUUAGUCUCUGCCAGGAUAAACAGAAAGUCUUUAUUGAACAACACAGCAUGUGUGGUUCUGUCUGAAGGCUACAGAACGACAUCUGUAAGCCCAGGCUCUGUUGUAUCCUAAUGGUGUUUUUAUUUAAAUUAAAUAAGCUACACGUAAAAUGUUUUCUGGUUUGCAAAACCCAACCACAAGGUUUGUAAGAUUUUUGGAAAGGUAUUUAAAAGAUACAAAAUGUACUGCAAUCAGCUGUUUUUAAAAGGUGUACAUUGUGCUAUCCUGGAAGGAUUUAUUCUCAUGUUUUUAUAUAAUGGUGCUAUCACUGACAGGUAUACAUUUUAAACAUCCAACAAUAAAUAUAAUUUACCUUUUAUCUUUUAAACAAUGUGAGUAUACAAGGCUUAUGUUUCAACUGA